CUCACAUGGAAAGCCAGCAUCUAACGGUCCAUAUCUGGAAGGCGUGAUCACUGUAAAUAAGGCUGUCCGUUAGUUUGUUUAGGUCUAAAGUCUAAACCAACGCGUUUGAAGCUUCACCAACCAUUUGAAAAGCGAAGACACUUCGCCAUUCUCAAAUCUUCUCUUCUUCUUCUUUCUUCAUAUAACCCAAACACCCUCUCUCUCUCUCUCUCUCUCUCUCUGUGUGUGUAAGCAAUAAGGAAUGGAAGAAGCUCAAAAACACAAAGAAAUCCAACAUGAAAGACCCAAGUCCCUUGUAUGGGACUGUGGGAGCACACUAUACGACUCGUUUGAGCUCAACUCGUUCAAACGCCAGCUUGACUCGGCCAUAUCCUCGAGAACCCUAUCCAUGCCACACUUACCCGAGCGCCGCGCUGCUCCUCCUCCGCUGCCACUGUCUUCGGCGACCAAAAAAUCGUCGAGGAUCUCUCGGUCACUCCACAAGCUCCUCAGGUCUGUAUUCAAGCCAAAACCAACUUCUGGCCCCGUGCUUGGAGUACAAGAGCAAUCCAAGGAUGGGUUUUACGUCGUUUACGAUAAGUCCGGGUCGCUUACCACAAUUCCAGAAGUUCCCGAGAUUGACUUUAAUGGGUUUUCUCCGGAGAUCGGUUCCUUGGUGAAGAGGUCAACUUCAGAGCGGUUUACAGCCACCUCUAUUGGUAUUUCAUGUGCUUAGUAGACCUUGGAAGAAUAUUUAAUGGAUAUUUUCUUUUUGUAUAUAUAGUAUGGAGACUUGUUUGUUAAUAACUUAAUACUAUAUAUAAUGUUUGUGAUUUA